AUGGCGGCAGGAAGAGCAGCACAGUGCCAGAGACUGGGAGCCCCGGCCGGCAGCACGGGGGUCACGGGAAACCUGGGGGCAACCGACCCGGGCGAGAGGUCGGCUGUCGCCCAGUUCACAGGCUCUGCCUUCGGGUCCGCCGCCAUCUGGCAGUACGAGUCCCUCAAGUCGCGGGUCCAGACCUAUUUCGAGGGAGCCCGAGCGGACUGGCUGGAUAAAAUACGGCCGCAGAAGAGAGGGGACUUCAGAAAGCAGGUUAACAGCUGGUGGAAUAACCUGACUGAGGGUCAGCGGACUGUGACAGGUAUUAUAGCUGCAAAUGUCUUUGUAUUCUGUUUAUGGAGACUGCCUGGUAUGCGACGGGUUAUGUUUACGUAUUUCACCUCAGAUCCAUCCUCCAAAGCCCUGUGUUCUCCCAUGCUUCUCUCUACGUUUAGUCACUUCUCUCUAUUCCACAUGGCAGCAAAUAUGUAUGUUUUAUGGAGUUUUUCCAGCAGCAUUGUCUCUCUUCUGGGCUGUGAGCAGUUCAUUGCAGUGUAUCUUUCUGCUGGGGUUAUCUCCACUUUUGUCAGUUACGUUGCUAAAAUGGCCACUGGAAAGUUUGAACCAUCCCUUGGAGCUUCAGGAGCUAUAAUGACUGUCCUUGCAGCCGUAUGUACAAAGAUGCCAGAAGCAAAACUAGCCAUCAUAUUUCUUCCAAUGUUCACAUUUACAGCGGGAAACGCUUUAAAAGCCAUAAUUGCAUUUGACACGGCAGGGCUUGCUCUAGGCUGGAGACUUUUUGACCACGCUGCACAUCUUGGGGGAGCUCUCUUUGGAAUGUGGUACGUGACUUACGGCCACGAGCUCAUAUGGAAGAACAGAGAACCACUGGUGAAAGCUUGGCAUGAAAUGAGGACAAAGAACACAGGAAAAGGAGGAGGUGGAAAGUCUAACUGAUUCUAAUCCUAGAGAUUCCUUGUGCCCAAGUGGUAUAUUACUUGAAUUGGGAUUGAAUUGGUUUUGAAGGUGUUUUUGCUACUCCACAUUAAGCCUCUGAGGAGCUGAAGUUUCUGAUAUAAACUACAGUUACACAAAUGCGUAUCAAUAGAAAAUGAACUCUGAUAAAGGUGGAACAAUAAAGGUUUUUAUCUUAUUGCUCUC